GAUUUUCUUGCAGCUUCCUUUGAAAUCAUCAUGUCAUGACAAGCCCUCUGGGGACGCCAGCUUUUAAACAGAGACUGCAGCAAGAAUCACGUCUCACUCGAUCACUUUCACUGCUUGAAAGGGAUGUGUGCAUGUUAUUGUCUUUAUCUGCUGAAUGCAUCGAUAAGACAACUCUGACUUCUGAAAAGUGGGUGUUUUUUUUAGAGGGAACCAAAGAUUUCAUUGUUGACUGCUGUUUUCAGAACAUAAAGUCUUCUAAAAAUAAGGAGCAGUGGAAAAACCAGAGAGCUCUGACUGCAUUCACAGCUGAAAUGGAUUUGGUCACUACUACCACCGUGGCGAUUAAUGAAACUAACCGUUUCAUAAAUUGCCCAUCCAUCCACAACAUAGGAACUCAUUUCCUGCAGUUUGUCAUGAUUGUUGAGAUGAUUGUGGGCCUCCCAGGAAACAUAAUCGCUUUGUGGAUUUUCUGGUUCCGCAUGAAAUUUUGGAAACCCCACACUCUCUUUCUCUUUAACCUGGUUCUAGCUGACUUCCUGCUCCUCAUCAGUGUGCCUUUCCGCAUCGACAACCACCUCCGAGAGGAAUACUGGGUGUUUGGACCGGUCUGGUGCCGCAUCAACCUCUUCAUGCUGGCUGUUAAUCGCUCUGCCAGCAUUGCAUUCAUGACAGUUGUGGCACUGGAUCGCUACUUCAAAGUGGUCCAUCCGCAUCACUGCAUCAGCCAUAUUAAUGUAACUAAGGCGGGUUGGGUUGCUGUCCUGAUGUGGACUGCUGUGAUUGCCAUUCGGAUUCCACUAUUGACCACCAACCUCCACCAGCAGGAUGGCAACGUCUCCCUGUGUCGCAGCUUCAACACAUAUGAUAAAAUCCCCUUGGGUAUAAAGGUAUACUAUGUAGCCUUCGUUGCAGAGUUUUUCCUGCCCUGGUUCUUGUUGUUGUUCUGCUCAGCCCGGAUUGCAUGCUACCUGCACCAACGGCAGAUGGACAAGCAGAAGGGGGUACGGAGGGCCAUCCGAGCAGUGGGGGUGAUCAAUUUGGUCUUCACUAUCUGCUUCUUGCCAAGUAUCAUCACAGGCUUGGGUGGGAUGUACAUGAAGUAUUACCACCCCAUGGACUUAACGUGCUACAAUCUGCUCACCCAGCUCUUUGUGAUGUGCAUUGGCUUCACCUACCUCAACAGCGCUUUGGACCCUGUCAUUUACUUUUUCUCAAGCUCCAUGUUUCUUGAUGCGGUCAAGAGCUCCAUCUGCCACCUGUGCUUUAAGAAGAGGAAGAAUCUCAGACCAGCAUCAGAUCAUGCCAGUAGCGUAUAUUUAUAAUGUUAUAUCGUAUUUAAUGGAUAGACUUUCCCAAAACAAGGUCAUAGGUUCAGUCCUCAAAAGUCAACCUAGAAGUGAAAUGGAAACAUGUUCUGCUGCCUUCGGUAUUUAUUCAGACUGGGCUGACCUAAUUGGCCUAUGUGUAAAGAGGGUCCAUGAACUGUCUGAGUUUAGACUCAGUGUAACAGGACAGGCACAUGAAAGGGCAUAAUCACAAGGAAAUCUGUCACACAUAACAAGUGUAUUUAGAACAUCAACCAUAUCAUACACGACAUGCAAUGAACACACAAAAAGUAACUAAAAUAGUUAUGCACUAGUAGUACGCUGGCUAAUGACUGUAAACUAAAACACUGGAGAGGGUUUAAAAUACAGAAAAGACUAGUUGUUCGAUAGCUAAUGUUUACUUCCUAUUUUAUAUGAUUAGCUCAGAGGAAUUGUUUCUUGUCGAGGAAAUAAAUUAGUAACCUCUGAUAAAUGCUUUUGCACUGCUUAAAUAUAUACACAUAUGUGUAUUGCUGUUUUAGUCAGGGUAAUGCCAGUUGAUGACAGGAAUGAUGCAGGGGAAUGCCCUGACAGGUACAAAGUACAGGGAGCUUUGAUAUAACAUCAGAAUAAAUACAGCAACCAGUUGAGUUUCUGCAAAUGUUCAAUAUUCAUGGAUACGAAUGCCAAUAAACGAAGUAAAUGUGA